CACCUUUCCUGGUAAGAUAACUCAGGCUUGGGGGGUUGCCCCAUGCUCCUGUGUGAGGCAACCUCAGGACAGUUUCUCAACCUAUCCUAUAAGUACCAGGCCCCACAGACUGAUGCCAAACCCCUCUGUGUCACUCCUAGGCUCAGUGUGCAGGCAGCUAGCAGGCACCAUGUCGAAGAUGGAACAGAGCUUAGACACCAUCAUCGACACCUUCCACAAGUACUCGAAGGAGUUGAAUCACCCCGACACCCUCACCCAAGGAGAGUUCAAAAAACUGGUGCAGAGAGACUUGACCAACUUUCUCAAGGAACAGAAGAGAGAUGAGGUCGCCAUAGGGAAGAUCAUGGAGGAUCUGGACUCUAGCGCAGACAAACAGAUAAGCUUCCCCGAGUUCAUCAUGCUGAUUGCCAGGCUGGCGGUAGCCUCCCAUGAGAAGAUGCACGAAAAUGCACCCCCAGGGAAAGGCCACAGCCAUGGGCCUGGCCUUGGUGAGGGCCACCCAGGCCAUGGGCAUGGCCACUGCCACUGAGUGGAAGAACCACCACCCUGCCUGACCCAGGGCCUAGUGCUGGCAUGUGCAUAGCCUUAGGCUGAGGCCUGUGGCUGGGAGAAAAAUAAAGGCUUCCUCCAGUGAG